AUUUUUCGCCGCCAUUGUGGUCGAUGCAUUCGCCAGAGAUUGUUGGUCUUUGUUAGAGACUUUAUUGCAUGUUUGGUCUUAGAUCAUUCUGGUUUUGAAUGCGCGGACAAAUUGGUCGAAGGUAGUUUGUUUCAGUAAUUGUUGGUGGAAGUGGUCAAUCAGUGAGCUUCCUGUUCGGGAUGUUGGAGAAAUAGAACUGAAAAGCUGUCAGUGAUCGAUCGUACUCUAGGGAAAUGUGUAUUUCGGAAUUUGUCGUCUUAAAACCCUGGCUGUGUAAGGGCAUCAUCUGUGGAGAACGCUUUAGGAAUUUUGAUAAAUUCAUCCUUCAGGUUACAGUAAAAGAUGUACCUCAAUAUGUAACACCAUUCGAAGGAGCUGGCCUGCGCCAACUACUUCAAAACAUUAAAAAUUCUGGCUACAUAAAACCAACACCUGUUCAGAAUUCUUGCCAAAAGAGAUAUAAUUGCUUGUGCUGUCACGGGCUGCGGCAAAACGGCGGCGUACUUGGUACCGGUUUUGAGCAUAUUGUUGAACAAGGUGUUGCUGGUACGUCUCAUGCCAUGGGUCAAAAGCCAGAAGUUGUAAUUGUCGCACCCACUCGUGAAUUGGCCAUUCAAAUUCACCGCGAUGCAUGUAAAUUCUCCUACAAUUCUGUAUUAAAGUCUGUGAUUAUAUAUGGAGGAGCUGUCACGAGCCAUCAGUGGUCAAAUCUUCAAGCUAGGUGCAAUACUCUUGUCGCGACCGUGGAGUAUUUGACUUCACGGGUGUCAGGUUUUAAAUUUUGGACGAAGCUGAUCGAAAGAUUGAUAUGGGUAUCGGCCCCAGUGUUGAAAAAAUUGUCAACCAUCCAACGAAAGGAAUCCAUCGUAUUUGUAUGUUUUCGGCUACAUUCCCAGAUGAAGUACAAGCGCUGGCUGCGACUUACAUGGAAGACUACAUAUUCGUCAAAACAGGCAUUGUCGGUGGCACCAAUCCGGCUGUUGAACAGCUGUUUUUCCAGUGCUCGAAAAGAGAUAAGAGCUAAGCUGAUCGAAGUUUUACAAGAUCUCGGUGAUUCCAAGACUAUCGUUUUUGUCGACAGCAAAAAGACGGGGGUUUUCGUCGCUGGAGUCUUGUGCAAUAACAAUUUACAAUCUACCAGCAUCCAUGGUGAUCGUCUUCAGAGUCAGCGUGAGCAAGCGCUUCGUGACGUCAAAAAUGGUAUUAGGAAUAUUCUCGCUCGUGGUCUAGAUAUUGUCGGCGUAAACUAUGUCGUAAAUGAUGACGAGCCAACUGAUAUUGAAGAGUAUGUUCAUCGUGUUGGUCGAAUGGGCCGCGUUGGAAAUGUUAGAAAAUCAAUAAGGUCUUAACGCUGGAAAGUUUGUGGCUUGGUUAACUAAGUCCAACGCCAAUGUACCGCCAUUUAUGCAAGCAAUGGUCUCAGGUGUGAGUGGAAUGGGAUACGACUUUAGCCCCCCUUCUACUCAUGGUGGUUUUGCUAGUCGAGAUAUGCGCUGGAUUUGCUGCCUUGCCCACUGAAGUUGAAGAGAGUUGGGAUUAACUCAAUGUAGGUUUGUUUUGGUUGGCUUAUUUUGGAGUAAACCACAAUUUGUAUUCAAGAACAUUCUGGAACUUGCAAUGUCUGUUUGAAAAUUUGACAACCUGUUUAUUUUGCUAACCCA